AUGCUCCGCUCGAACUCCAAGCGUCGCAAGCGAACACCUUCGCUUGAGCACCUCAACGACGAAGAACGUCUUCUCAUCACAUUGAAAGAAGACGAAGCCUUGCCCUGGAAGGAGAUUGCAGCUCGUUUCAGCAAUCAAUUGGGCCAGUCAAUCACCGUUGCUACACUGCAGAUGCGGUACCUUCGCCUGAGACAACGUUUCCGAAACUGGGAGGAGCGCGAUCUCGAGGCGUUGAGACAGGCACACGAGUAUUGGGAGAAGUGCAAGUGGGACAUUGUCAGCCAGAAGGUGAGUCAAGAUCUUAUGCUCGAGUUCGGUGUUGAAGAGAAGUGGCCUUCGCGACACUGCGCCCGAAAGUGGGCAGAACUUGCGCCUCAACACCUGCAUCAACACAGCGCCCGGGGCCAAACACCCCAGCAACACACACCUUCCUCUCAGCAGCACACUCCCACACCUCAUUAUGCCACCAUGGCCGAAGGCUUCACAGGCUACGGAUAUGCUCUGUCUCUCUAAACUCUUCCGAGUUCUCCCUGGUUUCGAAAAGCAUCGCACAGCAUUCACAACUUAUUGCAUCAUGGCCCGGUCCGUCAUAGAUUUUCCGACCUUGCAUCUGCAUUUGCAUAUAUCCGGAGUUCUGAUUUCUUGUUUUCCUCUUGUUUCAUGGUUGCAUCUUGCUUGGUUUUUUUUUUCUUUCUUGUUCAAGAUACCCUUCGAUCGCUCGCUUUGCUUCUUAUUCGUUGGCCAAGAUGGUCCCGUCUUCUUCCAUGGGUUGCUGUUGUUGUUCUUUCAAGAUACCCUACCACUCGCUUUUUCGCUUCCGAGCGAUCUCUUGCUCUGCGUGUUGUUUCGAGAUACCCACACCGCUCGCUUUUUGCAUACAUCGCAUUGUUUUUCUGUUCACCC